AUGGCAUCGGAGGAAUUUCAAUCCCUCCUAGACUCUACCAUGGCACAGUCCAUUAACAGAGCUUUAACCUCUGCGAUGGGGGUAAUGUCAUCCUCUAUCACUCAGUCUAUAACAGAGGCAUUGAUACAGACACAGACUAGUGGCAUGCAGAACACACGCAACCCGGGACCCACUAACAUGGCACAACCGGGACGCAAGGCUUUGGCAAAGAGCAGACAUGUGGCCUCCCCUCCAGAACUGCAGGUUCAGCCUGCAUCGAAUGACACGCCUCAGGCUGUCAAAGAUGGCGCGAUACCACCGCGCACUGGAGCCCCUGGCCAGGCAAAAUCGACCAGAGCUUGGAAACGGGCACGUGCCCAUGGGGAUUCGUCUAAUUCGGACCGGAGUUUGGAGGAGCAGUAUGAUGACUCCUAUAUGGACCACUACAGUGCUUAA